AAAAUGAUCCCUUGCAUGAUUAUUUUAAAACAUUUUAAAAUUAAUAUUAUAAUUUGCAUAGGUAUAGUAGGUAUUUUGUUACCUACCUGAUUACCUUUAUUAAACUGUACUAUUUUUUCUACAUCGUUUUGUUAGUUGCUUUCUUAAGCUUAUUUGUGCUACCUUUUCUGUUAGAAAUUUGCUUGCAGAACUACGAAAUAUUUUCUUUUUAUAUUUAAAAUUUUUAAAAUAUUCACAGAUCAUAUAAAAUGCCGCGGAAAAGCAAAGACAACAAUGAACAGAGACUGCUAAAGAAACGGCUUCAAGAAAGGAAACGAUAUGCGGCUAUUAAAGAAGACCCACAUAAGUAUGAGCUUCAGAGAAUAAAAGAAAGGCAGAAAUACCUGAGAAAAAAGGAGUUAAAACUGAUAAGGUCUAUCAAAGAAUUGUCUCCGGAGGCGCAGAGGUUGAAAAGGAAGAAAUGGAGGGAAUACAAUAGGAAAAGGAGAAAUAAUAAAAGAAAUAACCAAAAUUAUAAUACAGAGAGUGAUAGCGAUAAUGGCGAUGCCGGUGAUAUACCUUCAGAAGAAGAAAUUGAGACCAGACUUUUUGUAAAGCUUGAAGACGAAUCUCUGAGUGACACUUUUAUAACGGAAAAUUCAUUGUUGGCGGAGUUCCAAGCUGAUGAAGAAGUGGAGUUCGGUGUUGCGGCCAGAGCGAACUCAACUGCCAAAGAAUCUUCCUCGCCAGCAAAAAGGCCCACUUUGAGGGUAGCAGCUUCAGCACCGCCUCCGUUGCCACCCAGCGCUCACCCCAUGAUGUGGCCUGAGGAACCCACGCCGAGGUUGAGACCAGGAAUUAAUGCAGACGAGUGCCAGAUAUUCGGUGACUUCGUGGCAUCAGAACUAAGGACGCUACGAUCAGACGAAUCAAGAAAGAGACUCAAGCGCAUGAUCCAGAAGGCAAUUCUACAGAUAGGAGAAGAAGAAGACAUGAGUAUUAAUGGAUAGCGGUAUCAUCGCCUCUCCUCUGUCUCGCCCGAGAUUAUGGAUUGAGGCGUGUGCGAGUGAGAUGCCCUUACGUCGAUUUUAUUUUAUUAAAUGUUGAAUGAAUAGUUGAGAAUGUUUAGAAUUCUAAUUUAUAAGGGCGAUAUUUAUUUAAUUUUUUAUUAUCAAUUUUCUUUUUUUAUAGUCAGUUCACAUUUCUUUUAAUGGCUCUUUUGAAUAAUAUGAUAUUUUUUAUUCUAGUUCAAAAUUUGGGACGGGGCUUAUGUGCCUAUUUGAGAAAGUGCAUAUAAUAUCUUAAAAACAAGAAUACUCACUUUAGAGCUAACUUACUUUUGUUAUAGGUAGGUAGGUACCUAUGUAAAUAAUGUAUUUAGAUGUACCUAUAUAUGUAAUGUUUUGUAAUAUCAGUAUUUUUAUGACAAAAGGUGGACAUGACACUUCGGCAAAUGUUAGAUACCAGUAAUAAGGUCAUCAAAAAUGUCAAAUAAUUGUAAAAUAUGAAUAGAAGCCUUCAGGGUUGACUUUUAAGAUUAUUUAAUAUCUAAUAUCUUGACCACUGAACACGGUAUGAUGUCUUGAUGUACUAACUUAUAACAAUAAACUGCAUGU